AUGAGCGACCUCAAACGAAGGAAAAUCGCCCAUGGCGCUCGCGUAGGCGGCGGCCGCGUCGGCAAGCAGCCAGUCGAAGAUGACGUCUCUUCCUCUGCUUCCUCCGACGCCGAAUCCGAGACAGUCGAUGCGCCGUCGAACGAAGAAGCCACAGAAGAGCUGCCAAAGACAUUCAAGGAACUCGGCAUCGUCGACGCCCUCUGCGAAGCCUGCGAGGCCCUCAACUACAAGCACCCGACGCCAAUCCAGGCAAAAUCAAUCCCAAUUGCCCUCCAGGACCGUGACAUUAUCGGUCUCGCCGAGACAGGUAGCGGAAAGACGGCUGCGUUCGCCUUGCCCAUCCUGCAAGCACUCCUCGAUAAGCCACAACCUCUGUUCGGACUGGUGCUCGCCCCUACCCGAGAGCUUGCUACACAAAUCGGCCAGUCCUUCGAAGCACUGGGCUCUCUCAUCUCGCUGCGAUGCGCCGUCAUUGUUGGCGGUCUGGACAUGGUGCCCCAAUCGAUCGCGCUGAGCAAGAAGCCCCAUGUCAUUGUUGCCACGCCCGGACGUCUCGUCGACCAUCUCGAGAAGACAAAGGGCUUCUCGCUGCGGACACUCAAGUACCUUGUCAUGGACGAGGCUGAUCGUCUGCUGGACAUGGACUUUGGUCCCAGCAUCGACAAGAUCCUCAAGUUUGUCCCUCGCGAACGACGCACAUUUCUCUUCUCGGCGACAAUGAGCUCCAAGGUCGAGUCGCUGCAGCGUGCCUCCCUCCGCGAUCCGGCUCGUGUGAGCAUCAGCUCAAACAAGUACCAGACUGUGUCGACGCUGCUGCAGCACUACGUCUUCAUCCCGCACAUGCGAAAGGAUACGUAUCUGGUCUAUCUGAUGAACGAGUUUGCCGGAAAGUCAGCCAUCGUCUUCACAAGGACCGUGUGGGAGACACAGCGCAUCGCCAUCCUCCUGCGAACGCUUGGCUUCGGCGCGAUUCCCCUGCACGGUCAGCUCUCUCAGUCUGCUCGUCUCGGCGCCCUCAACAAAUUUCGGGCCGGCACACGUUCCAUCCUUGUCGCCACGGACGUUGCGGCACGUGGUCUCGACAUUCCAUCCGUAGACGUGGUCAUGAACUUGGAUCUGCCCCAGGAUUCAAAGACCUAUGUCCACCGCGUCGGUCGUACAGCCCGUGCAGGAAAGUCUGGUGUUGCCGUCAGCAUCGUGACGCAGUAUGAUUUGGAGAUCUAUCAGCGCAUCGAGGCCGCUCUGGGCCAGAAGCUGUCCGAGUACCCAAGUGUCAAGGAGGAGGUCAUGGCGUUCCAGCCGCGUGUGGAGGAGGCGCAGAGGCACGCGAGGACGGAGAUGAGGGAGAUUUCGGAGAGGGCUGUGAAGAAGAAGGGUGGCACGAUGCGCGCUCAGAGGAGAGGGAGGAGGGACAAUAUGGAUGCCGAGGAGGGUUGA